UGAGAGGAAAUGACGUAAAACUCAUCCGUGUUUACUUCCGCAUUUUGACAAAUUAACAUUUUCUCUAGAAUUUGAGCAUAAAUCUCAAUAGUCAACAAAAUGAAUCGAUUGUUUGGGAGAGGAAAACCAAAGGAACCUGCACCUAACCUUACAGAUUGUGUCGCUAACAUUGACUCAAGAGGAGAAUCUAUUGAUAAGAAAAUAGCAAGACUUGAUGCAGAAUUAAAGAAAUAUAAAGAUCAAAUGGCAAAAAUGAGAAAUGGGCCUGCAAAGAACACAGUGAAACAGAAAGCUAUGAGAGUUUUGAAACAGAAGAAAAUGUAUGAGCAGCAGAGAGAAAAUUUAGCAAACCAGUCUUUUAAUAUUGAACAACAACAUUUUAAUAUCCAAGGACUUAAAGAUACAAAAGCAACUGUUGAUGCAAUGAAAGUUGGUGUUAAAGAGUUUAAGAAGGCGUACAAACAUGUUAACAUAGACCAAAUUGAGGAUCUUCAAGAUGAGUUAGAGGACCUUACAGAACAGUCCAGUGAGAUACAAGAAGUAAUGGGAAGAAGUUACGGCAUGCCAGAAUUAGAUGAUGAUGAGCUGGAAGCUGAACUUGAUGCAUUAGGGGAUGAGAUAGGAUUGGACGAAGACACGUCCUAUCUGGAUGAUGCUGUGUCAACACCAUCAGUACCUACCAGUGAUCCCGGCGCAGAAAGCACAAGGGACAGUGUUCCGGUGGAUGAAUUUGGAUUGCCUCAGAUUCCUGCCAAAUAGUUGAGCCUCAAGAUAAAACUGUUGUGAUAUUUAAUUAAUUGUGAAGGAAGUGACUUUACACAUUCAUAGUUCAUUGUGCCAAUUUAUUGUGCAAAACAACUGAUUCAUUUCUCAUCAACAAAUCAAACUGCUUCAAGAUAAUUAUCAUGUUGAUCUUUAUAUGUCUACACAUUAAUGUGGCAUAUAACAUAUAGGCUACACACUAUAUGCUAUGUAAGAAUUUGAUUGUAUCAAUACAGCAUAUAAGGGAUAGAUUACACAUUGUACGCCUGUUCAAAUUUUUAUGUGUAAAUAUUCUAUUGACAUAAUGUGUUUGAUAGACUAUACUCAUACCUUCAUAUGUGUAAACUACCUACAUAAUGUUACAUAAAUAUGCAUGAAAUUGUUAUUUAUAUUUUGGAUAUUUUUGAACACCCACAAUGAAACAGAGAUCUUGUAAUAUAUGUACCGGGUAUGUAAUGUAUAAUUAUUUUUCAAUGAAUGCUUCUGAAGAAGAAAUGUUUGCCUUUUCAUCUACUGUUUACAUCUUCAUGUUUGUGCAAGAUUUCCUUUUUAAAUAUAUGAAAAGAAUUUGACUGUUAUUUACAUAAAUGUAUAACUUACAGUGAUUUUUGUUAGGAUUUUUGUUGUUGUUUUUAAUAUAAAAAGCUGUAUUAUAAAGCAUAUUGUUUAUGUUGAAAAAAUAAACCAUUUUCUAUAUUUUAUAGCAUUGUAAAAACAUGGUCAUGUUAUAAAAAAUGUCAUUCAAAGUAACAUAAUUUUCUGAAAAAUUUACAUCUCGUUAUUCAAAAGUAAUAAUCUAAAUGGUAUAUAGUUAUCACUUACCCAUCUAAAAUUAUGUAAUUGAAUUUCCUCCCUUUAUAUUAAAAAUAUUAAAAACCAGUCCAGUAUAAGUUAGCCCUUUAUCAGCUUAAUGUUUUUUUUUGGAGUUGUCCUACUUUGAAUUUACAACAGUGUAAGGGUCUUCAAUAUACAAAUUGACCUACCAACAGUAUAUAGAGCCUGAAUGUGUAAGCUGACCUGACAAGAGCCAUCCGGUUAGAUUAAUAGGUAGAGCAUUUGACUGUGAAUCAGGCAACAUGGGUUCGAUUCCCAGUCGGUGUAGGUCACUUUCGUUAUGAUAAAUCAUAAAAUCCUUUCUACAGUCAUUUGCACUGUACUUCUUCAGUCAUUUGCACUGUACUUCUUCAGUCAUUUGCACUGUACCUCUUCAGUCAUUUGCACUGUACCUCAGCGAUGACAUGUAUCAUUUCCUUUAGAAAGUGAAGGCACCUAGUAAUUGGAAAAUAACCUGAUUUACGGUAUAUUACAAGUUAACAUAUAAAUCACAGUAUCAAGAGUCUUCAGUAUGGUAAAUAUAUAGUAGACUGUCUUAGAUAAGUGUGUUUUUUGAUCAGUUAAACUUUCUUUAGUUCAUGAAUAUUUUACAAACUCAAAAAUCUUGUUUUGUACAUUUUCAGUUGCAGGAAAAAUAUUAUAAACUGUUAAGUCUACAUUUGAAUGAAUGACCUUUCACAUAUAGGUGCUUGACUUGAUUUCAUUGAUGAGAAAUUAUCUACAUUCAUGUAUAUCUGUUAUAUUUUAGUCAUUUACAUCUUUAAAUGAUCAAAUUUUAUGUAGUUUUUUUUUUUUAAUUUGACAACAACAUAAAAGGUGAACAUAAAAAGUGCUAUGUACAUUAUAUAAAAGCAUUAAAUAAAAGCAUAUCAUCUGCUGUAAUACAAGUUUUGUUGUUGUAUUAUUUUACAACUUGUAUAUGUUGUCCAUCCCAAGUACUAUACAAGAAGUUCAAAGAAGUUACUUAAUGGAUAAAAUAAACACUGUCAAUCUUAUUAUUGUUAAUAGUUCUUUUGUACAAACAUGAUUUACUUGAAAAAAUAAAUUUUGAAAUAUG